CUGGGAGGGGCGGGGCCUCCCGCGCAUGCGCAGUGGCGCGGCAAGGCGCUGCUGCCGUGUCCCCGCUGCGCGCGGGCGGAGUGCGCGUGCGCGGAACGGCGGCACCGGGAGCGGCACCGGGACGGGCUGGGGGCACCAUGGCCGUAGGCACGGGCACGUCGCUGGCGCUGUCGUCGCUGCUGUCGCUGCUGCUGUUCGCAGGGAUGCAGAUGUACAGCCGGCAGCUGGCCUCCACCGAGUGGCUCACCAUCCAGGGCGGGCUGCUGGGCUCGGCGCUCUUCGUCUUCUCCCUCACGGCCUUCAACAACCUGGAGAACCUCAUCUUUGGGAAGGGCUUCCAGGCCAAGAUAUUCCCUGAGAUCCUCACCUGCCUCCUGCUGGCCCUGUUUGCCUCUGGCCUCAUCCACAGGGUCUGUGUGACCACCUGCCUCAUCUUCUCUAUGGUGGGUCUCUACUACAUCAACAAGAUCUCCUCCACUCUCUACCAGUCCACAGCGCCCGUUGCUCCUCCUGCCAAGGCUGUUGGCAAGGGCAGGAAGAGAAAUUGAUGUCCUGCUGCCCCUUCCUGGGGCAGCCUCCUCCCUGUGGCCGAUCCAGGACUCCCCCCUGCCCAAUAAAGCCAUUUCUUUGUA